AUGUCAAUUUAUAUUUCACGGCUGUUUAGACACAAGCCUUUCAAACCAUCAUAUUUGAAACAGCUACCGAGAAGAAGCGGUAUCCAUGACGCUUCCAAACCAUUUCCACCUCCUCAACCCACAAGGCCUAUUCAUGAUGUGCAAGACAAUGUGUCCAACAAUGAUAAUAGCAACAGCAACACCAUGUCAUCUACGUUGGAUGCUGUAGCAGAAGACACACUGUCUGUCAAAGAUCCCAAUAGUUUCAAGAGAAGCCAUCAUUUCGACACAUACGAGGUAUUGACACAUUUGGAAAGCCAGGGAUUCACCAGACGACAAGCAGAGGUGAUUAUGAAAGGCAUGAAAUUCCGUCUAAGAGAGUGCACUGCAUCCGUCAAACAGCAAUUAUUACUUACGUCUGAUUUGGAAAAUGAGUCGUAUUUAUUCAAAGCAGCCCUAUCUGAACUGAGAACAGAAGUACAAGUCAUGCGAAGAAAUGACAUGCAAAUGCUCCAAACAGAUCUAUCGCUGAUUACAAGAGAAGUGGACAGUUUAGAGCAACGAUUGAGUGAGGGUGUGGCAGACAUGAAGAACGAAAUUCAAAUGGAUAUGAACAAUCGAAAGAAUGAAACACGAGAAGAUCAAAAAGCGAUGGACAUGAAGAUUCAGGAGAUUAAUAAUAAGUUUACGAUUAGACUCGGUGAUAUUCGCACGGAAAUUGAAGCUGUCAGGUGGGAGACGAUAUGGAAGGGCAUGACUGGUGUCUUGUUGGCAGGUCUCACCAUCGCUAGCCUGGGAUAUCUAUUGACGAGAUAUUCGGCGAGAAAGGCUGAUUUAGCAAGAUUAGAAGCUGAUCGAAAGAAGAAACGCAUGCAAGAAGAAGCUAAUCGGGCGGGCACAGCAGACAUGGAAGUCAUUUACUAA